AGCCGGAGCCGGAGCCGGAGCCGCCCCCUCCCCCCCCCCCCCCGCUCCCGCUCCCGCUCCCGCUCCCGGUCCCGCUUCCCGCGGCUGGACAUGGCCGCGCACUGCGCGUGCGCCGCGACCCCACCGCGCAAGCGCAGAAGGAGGCGGGGCUUCGUUCUGCACUCUGCGCGUGCGCGCCGCCCUGCCCGUCUCCGCCCCCGCGCAUGCGCGCUGCCGCGCCCCCGCGGCGGCCGGCGGGGGUUUUAAAGGGGCCGCGGCCCGGUACCGGCGGGGCCUCCUGCACCUCCCGGCGCCGCUUCAUGGAGGCGGCCGCGGGGUGGCGCUGCCGCCGGCCGGGCGGGCGGCUCGAUAUGAGCCACGGCUUCGUGCGGCACAUCCGCCGCAACCAGCUCGCCAGGGACGCCUACGAGCGCUCGGUGCGGCAGGCGCGGGGGCGGGCGAGGGGGCGGCACACCGCGGCCCCCCCCCGGCCCCGCCGUCCCGACCAGCCGGUGUACCGGCCCCGGCGGCCCGGGGGCGGCGCCUCCGGUGACGGCACCGCGGGGUCCCCGCCCCCCCCCGCCCCCCCCGAGCCCCGCUGCCCCCGGCUCUUCUGCCUGGACUUCGAGGGGGACGACGGGCGCAUCACCAGCGUCAUCGUGCACCAGGGGGACAGCGCCGAGGAGGUGACGCAGAGGGUGUGCGCCUGCAGCCCCCUGGAGCCCCCCCUGCGGCGUGCCCUGUGCCAGCGGGUGCAGGACGAGCUCAGCAAGCGCCAGGGGACGCGGUGACACCGGGGACGCGGUGACAUCGGGGACACCCGCCGGGGACGCGGUGACACCGGGACGGCCGCCGUCACCCCCCUGGUCCCCGCCGCCGGGUGCCGGGGGGGGUUGUGGGGGCAGUAAACGGGAUGGAGGC